UAAGCGGCAAGUAGAAGCUAAGAGCGUUUUGUUUGGUUGUUAUAAAAUGACAGCCGUUACGAUUUCACCGAUUUCACAAGGACUUAUUCAAGUUGUAAAUGAAAGUAAUUUAUGUAAAAUCGAGAGCUUCCUCAAUGACACAGCGUACAGGGAAGCCAUUGAAAAUUCCUCAAAUUAUAACAGCCGACUAUGCAGGGAACGACGGUUACGAAUGCCUUUCCUCGAUUCCCAAACAGGUAUUGGGGUAGCGCAGAAUCAUUCUGCGCUAUUUAUGUCUUCAAGAGAAAGACUACCUGGUUUGUUACAUGGUCAAAUAUAUACAUAUCCUAGUAAAAGAUGGAGGAAAAAACGGCGACAAUAUUUGAUGCAUUAUUUACAUCCAAAAAGGGGACCAAGAGGUGAUCCUGAAGAUGGUGGUGAAGGUGUAGAGACUGUAACACAUGUAAAUGAUGAUAGCAAAGAUUCAGUGGCUCUUAAAGAUGAACAUAGUAAAGAUGCAUGGUACUAUGAUGAGCAAGAUAUGCUAGAUAUGGAUACAUAUGAGGAACCUGAUGCUGAAAGUGACUAUGAUUAUGAAGAAAGCUAUAGCAGUAAAAGGAAACGAAGAAAACCUCGUGGUGGUGGUCAUCAUCCUGCACGAAAUCAUCCAUCUUCCACAGAUAGUCCUGGGGGCAAACGUACUAAGGGUGGGGGACGCGGGCGCAAAAAGACCAACUAUGAUGCCGUUGACACUGAUAAGCCAUUCGUUUGUGACCUAUGCAGCGCACGGUAUAAAACCAGACCUGGUCUGGUCUACCAUUACGGUCAUUCCCACUCUACUUCCUCCGGUGAUCCUGCUAAGGAACUAAGUCCCAGUCCUGCCGAAGUUGAACCUAGGAGCGUUGCAGACACCGCUGCUUCGAACCAGCCAGGUGGUACACGUCGGGGUCGUCAGAAUGCAACUUCGUCGAGUACUUCGAGUCCCUCUCCCGCAGCGCCCUCCGCGUCCGCUGCGGGAGCGUCCACGCAGCCACAGUCGCAGACGUCUCAGCCACAGCCUCAGCCGUCGUCGCAGUCUCAGCAGCAGUUGUCUCAGCAACAGCAGUCUCCGCAACAGCAGCAACAAACGCAGCCUGCCACGCAGCAGACGCAGCCGGCGGCUCAGCAACAGCAGCAAUUGCCCGCGGUACAAACAACGGCAGCGCCUACCUCACCGACGAUACCGGUCGCGAAGGAAGAUCAGCUGCCUGCCGCGCCAUCUCCCGGUACCGCGGUCCCCUCGCCGUCCUCGGUGAGAACAGAGGGCCCACCAACGCCGGGGACGAACGAAAAAAAAGCUGGCAAGUCCGCGCAACCGUCCCCGUACUGCGACUUCUGUCUUGGCGAUGCUAGGGAAAAUAAAAAGACCGGCGGCUCCGAGGAGUUGGUCUCUUGCAGUGAUUGCGGUCGCUCAGGGCAUCCGACUUGUUUGCAAUUCACUGCGAACAUGAUCGUUUCUGUUCGCAAGUACAGGUGGCAGUGUAUCGAAUGCAAAUGCUGUUCCAUUUGUGGCACUUCUGACAACGAUGAUCAACUGCUGUUCUGUGACGACUGUGAUCGUGGAUACCACAUGUAUUGUCUGUCUCCACCUCUUGCAUCUCCUCCCGAGGGCUCCUGGUCUUGCCGUCUGUGCAUAGCAGAGUUUCAUCGCCGUGAUUAAAAAGUUUUGUCUCGUAGAUAAGUGACGGAUUUUAUCUAUUUACUGUGGUGCAGUGGCCGUUCUCGAAUUAGGA